AUGUUCCAGACUCGGAACCUGUCUGGUUCUCCAAGACCUCGACACAGCAGGAAGAUCCACUUCAUCAAGAACAUGAAGCAGUACGACACCCGGGGCAGCAGCCCCCUGCCCCCCUGCCCCCCUGCCCCCCUGUCCCCCUGUCCCCCUGCCCCCCUGCCCCCCUGUCCCCCUGCCCCCCUGUCCCCCUGUCCCCUGUCCCUGGUUCUGUCCUCCAGGAUUGUGCUGAUCUGUGCGAAGCGUUCUCUCUGCGCCGCCUUCUCUGUUCUUCCCUAUGGAGACAGUUUCUACCUCAGCGAGCCGUCCCUGAACCAGCCCCGGCGGAGACACUCCUCUGGAAACAUCUCGUCCACCCUGGACCUGCUGCCGGGUCUGGAGGGCUUCCAGCUGGACCCGUACGGCCGGUCGGUGUCCUACGCCCGGUUCCUGUACCCGACCAACGCCCUGGUCCGCCACCAGCCGUCCUCCACCAGCGAGCUCAACCUGCGGCUCCCGGCCUGCAGGAGCUGCCGGGGGGCCGUCGGGCCAGGCAGCGCCGUGGGCCUCAACCUGGACCCGGGGGUGGAGGAGGUGACGGAGGUGACGGAGUACGACCCCGACCUGCUCAGUGACCCCCAGUGGCCCUGCGGGAAACACAAGCGGGUUCUGGUCUUCGCCUCCUACAUGACUACGGUCAUAGAGUACGUCCGUCCCUCGGACCUGAAGCGAGACAUGAACGAGACGUUUAAGGAGAAGUUUCCUCACAUCAAGCUGACUCUCAGUAAGAUCCGCAGUCUGAAGCGGGAGAUGCGGCUGGUGGGGGAGUCGUGCGGCCUGCAGCCCGUCACCGUGGCGAUGGCCUUCGUCUACUUCGAGAAGCUGGUCCUGCAGGGCCGGCUCAACAAGCAGAACCGGAAGUUGGUGUCGGCGGCCUGCAUCCUGCUGGCAGCAAAGAUCAGCAGCGACCUGAAGAAACAGGAAGUGAAACACCUGAUCGACAAGCUGGAGGACUGCUUCAGGCUCAGCAGGAAGGAGCUCAUCUCCUUCGAGUUCAUCAUCCUGGUUUCCCUCCAGAUGGCGCUCUACCUGCCGGAGAGCACCGUGCUGCCGCACUACCGGAGGCUGCUGCAGCAGCAGCUGUAGCCCCGCCCCCUCCUGAAGGCUCCUCCCCCUGCUCCUGACUCCUCCCCCUCCUGAGGAUUCAUGCUCCUCCUUCAGACUUUAUAGAAUUUGACAGAUACAAACUUCAUUUUGAAAUUUCACUGGUUGACCUCUGAACUUUCAUCUGAACCUCAGCUGGAUUUUUCUUCAGCUCAACCGGUUCAAACCAGUUCAGACCAGACUGAAUGUCUGCACUUCAAAGAAGUCUUCCUCCUCCUCCUCCUCCUCCUCCUUCAGGUCUUCUGAUCUGUUUGUUUCUUAAGCGUAAAGUUUUUUUCUCUUCCUGUUUUAUUUUGAAGCACUUUGGAUUCACUUCCUGUUCAGACCGACACUGUAAACCUUUUUAAUAA